GCCAAUCACACGGCGACUUGCCCACAACACAGGCGCGAAACGAAAGCGUUGUGACGCUGGUGCGGAAUCAAGCGGCGGUGUUAACGGGACGAGAAAUGGACCUGUCGCAGAAGAGAAAACGAAUAAGUCACGAAUUAACCAAGUCACAGCCCUCCAGGCGCGAAGCUGCACCGUCCUGCAGCACAAAUGGCCAAGCAGGAGGUUUCGUGGAGGGCUCUAUCCUCCGCAUCACCAUGCGCAACUUCCUCACAUACGAUCACUCGGAAGUUUUCCCGGGACCCAAGCUGAACAUGAUCGUGGGAGCCAAUGGCACAGGGAAGUCCAGUAUAGUGUGUGCCAUCUGCCUGGGCCUGGCGGGAAAAACAGCCGUCCUGGGCCGAGGAGACAAGAUGCUUCGGAGGCAGUUGUGCCGAGAUGAUUUGGUUGCCUGUAGUCAGAAUGCAAACAAAGUGUACAAGCUGGUAAAUCCGGAGUAUGAAACGGCACGUAAAGAGCUCGAGGGGGUGAAGAAGGAGAGAGAGGAAAUGAAAAAGAAGCUGAAGUCGCUAAAAGAAGCUCAGGAGCCACUGCUCAGGAAGAUCCGCUCGGUGGAGAGUCAGCUGCAGCCCAUCGAGCAGCAGAUGAAGGAGCUGACUGCCGGUAUCAGAGACGCAUCGCAGAAAUGUAAGCAGAAACAUGAUCAGCUGGAAUAUAGGAAUAAAGAGGUUGAUGACAUCAGACAGGACCUGAGUCUGAAGCAGACCGAGGAGGCGGACCGACAGAAGCGGAUCGGACACACGCAGCUCAUGAUCAAAGACCUGCAGAAGGAGUUACAGAACAUGGGCAGCAUGGAGGACGUCACGCCUCAGAUUGAGGCUGUUAAUGCAGAUCUGAGGAAAAUCCAGGAGGAAAAAGCCAAACUGGAGGGCGAGAUGUUGGACCUGCGCAGAGAUAAAGACGAAGCCUUUGGAGAAUUAAACCGUUUGCGGAAUCGUCAGAGGAGUCUGGACGACAUGAUGAAGGUGAAAGAGGAUAAACUGCGCAACCGUUUUCGUGACACCUACACCGCCCUCAAGUGGCUGAGGGAUAACCGUGAUCGUUUUGAAGGCAACGUCUAUGAGCCCAUGAUGCUGGUGAUAAAUGUCCGUGAUACUCGGCACGCAAAAUACAUUGAGAGUCACAUUCCUCUCAAUGAUUUGAGAGCCUUCGUCUUUCAGAGACAGGAGGACAUGGAGAAGUUCAUGACAGAGGUGCGAGACACACAGAGGCUGCGAGUUAACACCGUCAUUGCUCCAGAGGAGUCCUGCUCUAAACGACCACCAUCACGACCACUCGAGACUCUAAAGCCUUAUGGCUUCUUCUCAUAUUUGCGUGAGCUGUUCGAUGCUCCUGAGGAGGUCAUGAGUUACUUAUGCUAUCAGUACAAAGUCAAUGAUGUGCCUGUAGGAACAGAGAAGACUAAGAGCAUGAUCGAGAUGGUGAUCAGAGAGCUUCAGAUGAGGAUGAUCUACACAGCGGAGGAGAAGUACACUGUGAAGAAAUCCAACUACUCUAGUAACGUGGUCUCCAGUAACUCGGCCCUGCGACCCUCGCAGUUCCUCACUACGACCAUAGAUGCAGAUGAGAGAAGCCAGCUGGAGGAGCAGCUGAGGGCAGCAGAGAGGCAGGUGCAGAGCAUUGAUCAACGGAUGGUAGCCAUUCGUGAGCAGCAAGCUAAACUGGAUCGCCGUGAUAAUGAGCUGCGUGCUAACAAGAAGAAACUGUCUGAGCUGAAAGGCAAGAAGAGACAACUGGAGCAGAAAAUCAGCACAAAACAGGACAGUUUACGGCAGAUGGAGCAGAAUGAGAUCAACUUGCAGGCAAUUGAAGAGGAAACAAAUGCCAAGAUCGCUGCUGUAAACAACAAGAAAGUGGCCAUAAUGGAGGAGUAUUUGGGUCACAUGCAGGUGUGUUUGUGUUCUCCGAAGCUUGAUUUCUACCCUCAGCUUAAGAACACGUGUGUCUGUGUGUUCGCGCAGGUGGUGUACACCAAACUGGACCAGGCAAAGAACAAUCUGUUGGCCACGUGUAAGACCCUGAUGAGGAGGGCCAGUGAGAUCUGUAACAUGACCCCCGGAGAGACGGCCGUCCCAGAGGAACUACACGCAGCCUUCAGCCAGUUGCCUGAUACACUGGAUGAGAUUGAUGCCAUGCUGAAUGAGGAGAAGACCAGAGCCGAGUGCUUCACCGGCCUCAGUGAUGCUGUGGUGGAGGAAUAUAACAGACGUGAGCGGGAGAUUCAGAACAUGGAGAAGGAGCUGGACGACAAGACCAAUGCUCUGAGAACCUACAGACAAAACAUCGCUGAGGCCAAAGAGCGCUGGCUGAAUCCUCUGAAGCUGCUGGUGGAGCAGAUCAACGAGCGCUUCCGUGAUUUCUUUCGCUCCAUGCAGUGCGCUGGAGAGGUGGAUCUGCACUCGGAGAACGGGGAGGAGUAUGAUAAGUACGGCAUCCGCAUCCAGGUGAAGUUUCGCAGCAGCACGGAGCUGCACGAGCUGACGCCUCACCAUCAGAGCGGAGGAGAGCGCAGCGUGUCCACCAUGCUGUACCUCAUGGCCCUGCAGGAGCUCAACCGCUGCCCCUUCAGAGUGGUGGACGAGAUCAACCAGGGCAUGGAUCCUGUCAAUGAGAGACGAGUGUUUGACAUCGUAGUGCGCACAGCGUGUGGUGUGAACACGUCUCAGUAUUUCUUCAUCACACCUAAGCUCCUACAGAACCUGCAGUACGCGGAGCAGAUGACCAUCCUCUGUGUGCACAACGGACCCUACAUGCUGCCGCCGAACAAAUGGAGCGAGAAAGCCUUCAUCAGAUGCGCCACACGCAGACAAAUCUCCUGAAGAAACUCAACUACAUGUUGAGCUCGAGUUCUUGUUGGAUCACCAGUUCAGAUGAGGUUAAGUGCCUUCAUGUCAUAAAUGCAUAAAAAAUGUUUCCAGUUCUGAUUAAACAUUUUGUGUAAUGAGUUAAUAAAUGCAACUUUUUCAGUCAGUGUUAAUUCUCACUAAAGGAAACAUCACUAUUAUUAUUAUUAGGGUCAGAAAUGCAGUAUGAAA